AUGCCCCGAUUUCUGCGCAAAUUCCGACGCACGCGCCCGGUAUCUACCGAGCUGGCGCCGCUCGAAACGCUGCCCGUCGAAAUCGUCGAAAAAAUUCUCCUCUAUCUCCAACAAGACUGCCAGGCCGCGGUGGAGAAACAGGGCUACACCGACCAUGAACUCACCAUUCGCAGCAAAAACCUGUACUUGCGGUCGCUCAUCAACCUCGCCAAGUGCUCGAAAACGCUCCAGACUGAUCUGCUGGCCCCAGUCAUCUACAGACAGGUGCUUUUGACCUGUAAGACCCAGGUGGAGAGGUUCUACAAGGCCCUGUCAAAGGGAUACAUUAGACAAGAGAUUGUGGCUGCUGUGGAGAUUGUCAUAUUCGAAGAAGUCACCAAUGACAACCCCCAACAGGUCUCUAUCGCAUCGUACUCCUACAACACAGACACCAACCAAAAGACAUACCAAGAACUUAUUGUGGCUAUCGUCAAAAAACUGCCCUCUCUACAAGAGGUACGAAUCAUUAACAUGGCCCCAAAGUUCCAAUUCCGAAGCUCAAAACCGUCGCUCCAUGUCAAAAGCCUCACUGUGUCUACGGAACCAGGCUGGAGAGUCUACAUCCAACCAGACAUUCUCGAGCAGUUCCCAAAUAUCGAUACCCUCAAUCUACAAGACAUUGUCAUUGAUGGAAACUCCCUGUCUCGAAAAUAUGCCAAUGGCAACACAUCCCCGGCACAGGGAUCGCCGUUGACGCCAACCAAGUCCCAAAAUAGAGCCUCCUCGUACUUCUCCUUCAGACCCUCGUCUCCUAAACCUCCAAAGGAAGACAAUGAGACGAGAACAUCUCCUCUGGGCAUCACUACCCUCCAACUCACAGACUGCAUCAUUCACCCCACUGCAGUACCAGAGAUCCCACGGUUCUUCGAUAACUUGCACACAUUGACCCUCAAGGUAAAGGCAAAGACUCAGAUCAAACUGCUGGCGGUCGCUCCCCUAUUCCCUACCCUCACAGACUUGACUGUAGACAUCCAACCAAGCAGCCAAACAGACUUGCUGCCAUUCCUGGAGAAGUACAACUUGGAAGCAUUGCCCAAGCUGCAAAAACUGACGCUAGUCGGUAUCACCCCGACCCUGUUGACGCACGCACAGUUCGUAGCUGCCGCGGAAAAGAUGGCCAUCAAUGAAAUGGACUGCCACUUUCUCCAACGACCAGCUUCCACUUUCGCACAAGAUAUCAAACUGUCCCUAUCCCCUACUCUCUACUACAAGAACCAGAGACUCGACUUGUAA